GGAGAACUCCACAUAACACCAUACCCUGAUCACACCUCCAGUACUCCUCCUCAAGAUCGCAGCAUGCAAUGGCCUCCCUUACCACCACCGCCGCCGCUCCACAUCUCUCCCAAGCCUUGAGACGACGGCGCAACGCCGCCGUCCCUAGGCGAAGACCCUCCUUCCGCUGCCAAAACCGCCUUCCCACCGAGCCGCCGAUCGGCGGCGACGGAGGAGGCGGAGGAGGAAAGAAGAGGGCGUGGUGGGUGAGCAUGGCCGAGAGGGCGCACAGCGGCGUGGUGAAGGCCGGGAUGGACGUGCGGGAGAGCCUGAGCCCGAAGCAGAAGGGGGACUGGAAGGACGUGGCGCUCAUGAGCCUCUCCUUCGCCGUCUACGUCUACAUCUCCCAGAAGAUCGUGUGCACAUACUGCGCCUGGGUCUCCAUGAUCAAUCACUAGCUCAAAUUCCUAGAUGUAUAGUCGCAUAUUUAGCGCCAACAAAGCAUCUGCUGUUAUCAUUGUGCUUGUAGUUCAUCACUCUAGAUGAUCUAAGAAACUUGUUCUCGUGCAAGACAUGAUUCUGAGUUCAAAA